UUCUUUUACUACAUGAACAAGAAACACACAAAGAGGCACCAGAAAAGGAAGAUUGAAAUUAUGUUCAGUGACACGUCCGCCACAAUCUCCUCUCGCCUCCUCCGACCUCCGUUCUCCCCACCCCAGUGGGCCGCGGCGGCGUACCCACUUUCCCUACUCCCGAACACCAUGGCCCACACCAUUUUCCCGAACCUCCCGCCUGCUGGGCCCGCCAUUAUUGUCCCAAGAGUCAACACGGUGGCGGCCCUGGGGGCAAGGAGUGGGGCCCGCGGGUGGCCUCGGGGGUACCUUAAAGGAGGAAACCGGCCUGGCUUUGGUCGGCGCCUUGCCGCUGCCGUAGAGCGGGACGACGGACAUGUCGGGCAGCCCGGCCUUGCACACCGGGCAGCGGAGAGGGCCGUCUGGGCGGGCCCGGGACCACUUGUAGAGGCAAGGCCAGCAGUAGAGGUGGCCGCAAAAUGUGACCAACGGAUCACAGGCGGCGUCCAGGCAUAUGUUGCAGUCGAAGGCGGCCGCCUUCUCUGCGGCGGAGGUGCCUUUCAUUCCGCCGGCGUUCCGGCGAUGAACCGCCAUUGUUUCUAACUUCUUUUCACCGGAUUACUCUUUUUCGCGGAAUUAUAUAUAUAGGGGGAUGAGAUAUUUUCACGACCGGCGAGGUGACGUAACAAUAUUGGUCGGUGUUGUUGCUGACGUAAGUACAUAUGUUUUUCUGUUCCUCUUCAUUGCCCUGGUGUGAAAUUUCUGCGUAAUUCAAGAAUUUGUAAGCCCUUUCUAGUUUCUUCGUUGGGUUCGUCUGGAAUUUAAUUAGAUGAAAAUAAAAUGUUGACCAUUUG